CAAGUUCCUGUGUGACGUCAAGCAGUCAGCCGGGAGGAGGCUCGCGCACAACAUUUCUCACCCACAGUGAGCUGCAAUCGUGUCUGACCGGUUACCAUCUCAAAACUCUCUAAAACAUAUAUAUUUUUAUAUCCAUCCCUUUUUUUCUCUUUUAGAAGGACAAAGCCAAAAACAAAACUGAGGUUGCCUUAGUAAAGUUCGGAUUUCCCCACCCCUCCCUUUGAUUAUUAUUCUUUUGAAAAUUCUUCGUUGUCAAGCCGCCAAAGUGGAGAGUGUGAUUGCAGAAGGGGGUGCUUCUCGUUUCAGUUGCGUUUUAGACCCGAUCAUCUGCGUUGACGCCACACCAGUCACCUUGAGCAAGUGGACAGUUCAGUCGAUUUAACUUAACUCAUGACCGAGGGUGCUUCUUCGGGCGGAGGAGGAGGUAGGGGUGCAUCUCAGCACUUUCCCAAGACUGUCGGUAACAGCGAGUACCUGGGGAAAACCCCAGGGCCUAGCGUUCAGAGAUGGGUUCCUUCACGAAGCACUAGACGAGAUGUCAACUCCUCCAAUGACAAAGAACAUCACGAUGCAUUAUUUAGGAAAGUGAGAGGCAUACUUAAUAAACUGACCCCUGAAAAGUUUGACAAGCUAUGCCUUGAGCUUCUCAAUGUGGGCGUAGACUCUAAACUUGUCCUCAAAGGAAUCAUCUUGCUGAUCGUAGACAAAGCCCUAGAAGAGCCCAAAUACAGCUCACUCUAUGCUCAGCUAUGUCUGCGUUUGGCAGAGGAUGCACCAAACUUUGAUGGCGCAACACCUGAAAUCCAGUCAUCGCAAAAGCAGAGCACAACUUUCAGAAGACUUCUAAUUACCAAGCUUCAAGAUGAAUUUGAAAACCGCACCAAAAAUGUUGAAAUCUACGACAAACAAGACAACCCUCUCACCUCUGAGGAGGAGGAGCAGCGUGCCAUUGCCAAAAUCAAGAUGCUUGGCAAUAUCAAAUUCAUUGGAGAACUCGGCAAACUUGACCUCAUCCAUGAAUCUAUCCUUCAUAAGUGCAUCAAAACACUUUUGGAGAAAAAGAAGAGGGUCCAGCUCAAGGACAUGGGAGAGGAUCUGGAGUGUCUCUGUCAGAUAAUGAGGACUGUGGGGCCCAGACUCGACCAUGAAAAAGCCAAGUCUUUAAUGGAUCAGUACUUUGGCCGUAUGCGAUCCUUAAUGAACAACAAGGAUUUGCCUGCAAGGAUUCGUUUCCUACUGCAGGACACCGUGGAGCUGAGAGAGAACAAUUGGGUUCCUCGCAAAGCUUUCAUUGACAACGGACCAAAGACGAUUAAUCAGAUUCGUCAAGAUGCAGUGAAGGAUUUGGGUGUUUUCAUUCCACCCAUGAACCAGGGAAUGCGAAUGGACUUCUUCCUAGAAGGCUCUUUCAUGCCAAACAGGAUGAAACUGGAUAGAGAAACUCUUGGGGGAUUGGCUGACAUGUUUGGUCAGAUGCCAGGUAGUGGCAUAGGGACUGGUCCAGGUGUGAUCCAGGACAGAUUUUCCCCCACCCUUGGACGUCAUCGUACAAAUCCGCUUUUCAAUGGCCACAGUGGACACAUGGCUUCCCAACCACAGUCACAGUUUGACCUGGGUAUGAAGCCUUUCAUCAAGUCUAACCAGGGACAGAAUCAGCAUUUUCACAACCAAAACCAGAACCAUUCAAACCAGCAGCAAGCUCAAUCUAAGGACAUGCCUCCACGAUUCAAGAAGGGGCAGCUCAAUGCAGACGAGAUCAGCCUUAGACCUGCUCAGUCGUUCCUCAUGAAUAAAAACCAAGUGCCAAAACUGCAGCCCCAGAUUCCCACCAUGAUUCCUCCCAGUGCUCAACCUCCACGGACACAGACUCCACCACUUGGACAGCCUCCUCAACUUGGUCUGAAAACCAACCCACCUCUGAUCCAGGAGAAACCUCAGAAGACUACUAAGAAACCAGCACCUGCUAAGGAGGAACUGCUGAAAAUGACUGAGAACAUUGUGACUGAAUAUCUGAACAGUAAGAACAUGGAGGAAGCUGUCAAUGGUGUGAAAGAGAUGAGAGCUCCCAAACACUUUCUGCCAGAGAUGCUGAGUAAGAUCAUCUUGUGUUCUCUGGAGAGGACUGAUGAAGACCGGGAACAGGCUAGCACUCUUAUCCAUACACUGCGUACUGAGGGCUUCAUCACUGGGGAAAACUUAAUGCAGGCUCUGCUGAAUGUCUUAGAUCAGUGCCCUAAGAUUGAGUUGGACAUUCCUCUGGUAAAGUCAUACCUAGCACAGUUUGCAGCACGGGCCAUCAUUGCAGAGUUGGUCAGUGUGGCAGAACUGGCUCAUCCACUAGAGAACGGCAACCACUUUCCUCUUUUCUUGCUAUGCCUCCAGCAAGCUUCCAAGCUCAAGGACCGUGAGUGGCUCACAGAUCUCUUCCAGCAGAGCAAGGUCAACAUGCAGAAGAUGCUUCCUGAAAUUGACCAGAAUAAGGACCGCAUGCUGGAGAUUCUUGAGGGGAAAGGUUUAAAUUUCCUUUUCCCCUUGCUGAAACUGGAGAAGGAACUGCUAAAGCAAAUCAAAGCAGACCCCUCCCCUCAAGCCAUCUACAAGUGGAUCAAAGACAACAUUUCUCCCAAACUCCACACCGACAAGGGCUUCAUCAACAUACUUGUGACCAGCUUCUUGCAGUAUAUCUUUGCUGAGCUUGGUGUGAACGAAGGUGAUGAGCAACUGGCCUCCCCUUCUAAAGAGCAGCUGGACCAGGAGAAGCAGCUGCUACUCUUCUUCAAGCCAGUCUUGCAGAAGUUCCUCCAUAAUCACACUGAUCUUCAGGUCAGUGCCCUGUAUGCCCUGCAGGUGCACUGCAAUGCCAACGCUUUCCCAAAAGGCAUGUUGCUUCGCUACUUUGUCCACUUUUAUGACAUGGAGAUCAUUGAGGAGGAAUGUUUCCUUGCAUGGAAAGAAGACAUUUCCCAAGAAUUUCCUGGAAAAGGAAAAGCUUUAUUUCAGGUGAACCAGUGGCUGACUUGGCUUGAGACGGCUGAGGAAGAGGAGUCCGAGGAGGAAGCUGACUGAUGAACCAGAAUAGUCUUCUAGUACACAUUGAUUUCCUGCUACAUGACUUGCUGUCUUCUCUUUGGCUCCUGCAUUAUUUGCAGAAGCUCACACUCAGCCAGUUACAGUACACUGCUGCUAGGCUCAUUAAUUAAAUGAAAGACAUAGUAAUACCAUUAUCAUAACCUCUCUAAUGUGUUUUCUCGCAUCAUAACCAAUGUCAGGCUUUAGUUUCAGAACCACUACGCUUUUUCAGUAGAAAAAGUGGUAGCCAAAUCUUCCUUACGUGUUUGUUUUGGUUUCACAUGACACCGGACAGAAAACCUUUCAGUGUCUCAGUGGAAGUGAAACUGUUGUUCUAUAGAACCUAUGAUUUGUUUACGGUCUGUCUUGGGGAUUGAUUAAAAUGAAUCAUGAGAUCCUGGUUGAAUGGCCUUUGUAGGUUAAGAUGUUGACGCUUUUAUUAGUGUUAUUCUGGGUCGGUUGCAAUAUCCUUCACCCCUUGUGCAUGAUUUAAACAUCCGUAAAACUGUAAUCACUGAAACAUGUUAGCAGUUUCCAUUUCUACCUCCUACUGAAGAAGCGAUAUUUAGUGCAGGCUUCUGAUAUCUAAAGUUUGUCAUGAAUUAAGAUCCAGAACAUCUGCUUAGUUUGAUUUCACAACACACUACCUAAUACAUAUCUCAACUAGCAGUAGUUUUAAGUGCUUUUCAUUGAAGAUGCAGAGAUCAAGCUAGUGUCAAAAUAACGCCUCUGUUGCCCCAUCUUACUUUAUUAAUGUUGUCUGCAGUGUAAUCUGACAAGGUAACUGAAAUGUUUUCUCUGUUUAAUGGCAGUAGUAAUGUUGCCCUUCAGGUCCCACUGAUCUGCUGCAAAUUAUUCCAAUCUUAAACAUCGAUGUGAUUAUUUUAACCUGCCUUUUAAUGGGUUAUUAAAUGUAAAAGAAAAUGGGAAAAAUCCAGAAAAAAUGAGGUGAAAGGCUUUUGCCCUUGUCAAUAAGGGGUUCUCAGACAACCUUUUAUUGACAGGAGUUUUAACUGUACUUGACAAAGUUAAUCUUGUACACUUGCGUUUGCCAACAUGUUAACUGCAAUCCAGUUGUCAGAAAGGAAAUGGCUUAUGAUCAUGUCAUUGUAAGGCUGCUUAGUGCUGUAUUCAUCACCACUAUUGCUGAAUUCACAAUAAAGGAAAAACUUGAUCAGC